UCACCAGCUGUCACCUAAGACGAAACUUGAAGUUAGUCAACAACACAAAUAGCAAUUUUUCUAAUAAUUAUGUUAUUACGAAUUAUUUUUAUCAACUUUGACGUUCGUGGAGAGAUGUUAAUUACAGUUAAAAUAGUACAGUCAAAAUUGUGAUCAUGAUUUUAUGUACCUGUUUAGUCGAGUGUAAUAUUGCUCUAAUGUCUUCGUGAAAAUGUUUCAUAAUAGUACGAAAGAGAGAGAAGACAUAGUGCUUUAACAUGUGCGAUAUUUAUUAAAUUUACUAUAACGUGUGAGAUUACAAAAAUAUGGCACAAAUUUCUCGUUCGUACAAAUACGAGUUACCUAUAUUAAUUCGCAUAUUCUGCAGAAAUUAUAAUAAACAAAGACAUACAUAUACCCAUUAUGAAGUAUUACGCGUUUCACCAAAUGCCACGCAAAAAGAAAUAAGAAAUGCCUACAUUAAAUUAACAAAAGAAAUGCAUCCUGAUAGUGGUAAAGGAAAUCAUGCUGACUUUGUAAAGUUAAAUGAAGCCUACAAUGUUCUAAGUAAAUCAAACAGUAGGCAUUCUUAUGAUAUUAACUUGCGGUAUAAUAGUUACCAGGAUAGGUCAGCGCAGCAAUAUUCUAGUGGCAAUUGGUCACACGAAUAUGACAUUAAUUUUCCAAGAAAACAGAAACCUACUCCAGAACAGAGAACAAGGGCAAUUAGAUUUUGUGCACUCACUAUUAUUGUUGGAUUAUUUUUUCAUGUAUUCAUUGUUAAAGGGUGGUAUGAUUACAACAGGCGUAAAUCAUUAGAGAGAAGUGGUAGGAUUCAGAAGGAAUAUAUGAAAAUUAAAGAAAAAAGUGCAACUACAACAUGGGAAGAUCAUGUAAAAAGAUAUGAAGAAUGGAAGAAAAAUAAUAACUUACCUCCUAAUGGAAAAUAACACAUUAUAGCAUUGUGUUCCUGGUUUAAUUUAUUUUGAUAUAGUGAGAUUGUUAAAAAUCAUAUUUUGUGAUACUAUGGAUAUCUGAGUUUUAAAUAUAAAAAGACUACACAUAUGUAUGUACAUGUAUAUAAAUUGUAUAAUACAAAUUUGUAAAGGUAUAUUUUUUUAGAGAAAUUAAUCAGACUGUAAGAGGUCUAAAAACACAUAUUGUUAAUUUAUUGUCAAGAUGUAACAUGUUUAUCUGUGUAAACAAUAUCUUUAUUAUUUAAAAAAUUAA